UAAUGAUUGCAGGAUAUUUGUAAAAUAAACUAAUUGCACAAUCUAGUAUUUAGGAAGUGCAUGGAACAGAUAUGUUAGCCACUUAAGGUAUUUUAGGAUUUAUAUUUAAUAUAGAUCGAAGAACUUCUAAAAUCUAUAUGGGUGGAUAAUCUCAUUAGUAAAUGAAUCCAUUAGAUUUGGUUUAUAUUAGUAGUGCAUUACCUCAACUUUACCUAUAGCAAAACGUAGAUCCAAAAUUAUAGAAUCUUUUAAAUACAAAUUAUUAAUAGUAAAUAUCCUAAUUGGCUAGUCCUCCAAAUAUUGAAUUAAUUAAUUAGAUUAAGGUAAAUUUAUAUCAAUAUUUUAGGAAUAAGCUAGAGUUGUGAGAAUGCAUUAUUAAGCUUGAUU